AACUGGUGGUAAUUAGGACCCAGGGAGGGCUGAGCUCUGAAGAGGGACAGUGGAGUGUGUGUCCAUCUGAAAGAGCAAAAAAACCCACCAGCACACACAAUCACACAAUACAAUGUGUGACAGUCACUGCCAUACACAGCACAGGACAGGAGUGAGGGUGUUACUGGAGGAGGGGUGAGAAGAGGCAUCAUUUACCAUCUAAAACCAUCAUGGAAUCACUGAUCAGUGCGUUUUUAAUUGGGAAUAUGCAUGUGUGAGAACUUUGGACCUCUCAGGCCUUUCUGCAGGAGAACCAAACCUCAGACACUGAAUUAACUCUUCUAAAUAACUUGCAUUUUCAGCUGGAGGACUGAUUGUAUUACGUCAGAAAUAAAGCUGGACUAUCUCUGCUUUGGUCUGUGUAAGCAGCAUGUGGGACUUCAGCAGGAGGUGUGUCAGCUCAGACACCUGGUUAACCUGUUGGGUUUGAACUACCACACAAACAGUGGAUCAUGGGACAUCCACAUAUGGAAACAUCGGACGUACAAAUGGAGGACGUUGGAAAUGAAUAAUGGCUGACAAGUCCGGUCCCAUGGUAGCCGCUGUGCCAAAUCCUUCAACUCCAAAUCUUACCACAGCCCUGUGGGAGACCAAUCCUACGGUUCCUGCUGAUGUGGGCGUCGUCACGAGCUCCCAGUCACAGAUCAAAGACCUUUUUGGCUUGUUCUGCAUGGUGACCCUUAACCUCAUUGCUUUGCUGGCCAACACCGGUGUGAUGGUGGCCAUCGCUCGUGCUCCUCACCUCAAGAGGUUUGCAUUUGUGUGCCACCUCUGUGCAGUGGACCUGCUGUGUGCCAUCCUCCUCAUGCCUUUGGGUAUCAUUUCCAGCUCACCGUUCUUUGGCACCGUGGUGUUUACUGUUUUGGAGUGCCAGGUUUACAUCUUCCUUAAUGUUUUCCUCAUCUGUCUGUCCAUUCUCACCAUCACUGCCAUCAGUGUGGAGCGCUAUUUCUAUAUCGUGCACCCGAUGCGUUAUGAAGUCAAGAUGACCAUCAACCUUGCUAUUGGUGUCAUGCUCCUAAUCUGGGUUAAGUCGCUCCUUUUAGCUUUGGUCACGCUGUUUGGGUGGCCGGCUUAUGGACAUCAGAGCUCUAUUGCAGCAGCUCAUUGCUCUCUUCAUGCGAGUCACAGUCGCCUGAGAAGAGUAUUUGCUGUGCUCUUUAGUGUGGUUUGCUUCCUGGCUCCUGCGGCGGUUAUUUUUGCUGUUUACUGUGCUGUGUACAAGGUGGCUCGCUCUGCAGCCCUGCAGCAAGUCCCUGCGGUGCCGACAUGGGCCAACUCUAGCCCCGCCAAGGAUCGCUCAGACUCCAUCAACAGUCAGACCACCAUGAUCACCACCACGCGCACUCUGCCUCAGAGACUAUCUCCCGAGAGGGCCUUCAGCGGAGGCAAGGCUGCACUUACUUUGGUAUUCAUCGUGGGCCAGUUCUUGGUGUGUUGGUUGCCCUACUUCAUCUUCCACCUGCAGAUGUCCUUGACUGGCUCCAUGCAGAGCCCUGGGGACUUAGAGGAGGCAGUCACCUGGCUGGCCUACUCCUCUUUUGCAGUUAAUCCCUUCUUCUACGGCCUGUUGAACAGACAGAUUAGAGAGGAGCUGGUGAAGUUUCGGCGUUGCUGCUUAACCCAGCCUGUGGAGUUUGGGGCAUCCAGCCAAGAGGGCUCACUUCAGGAAAACUUUCUCCAGUUCAUUCAGAGAACCAAUAGCGCAGCUGAGACUCACUCCAACUGUGCCAAUGCCAGUCCCAGAAACACAGACAGAGGAGUUAAAAUCCCUGGACAAAUACCUGAGGAGCAUGCUUAGACACUGAGCAGCUUGAAUGGUGGACUACAGUGCCAAGUCAGAAGUUUUUCUCUAAAUAAUAGACCCACAUUUUAAGUACCCUGAAAAAAUGCCACACCCAUAUAUACUGUAUACACUGAAAGGAUCAGUUGUUGCUGUAAUUGUCCAUAGUGCUCACAAAGUGGACAAAAUCCAGUUGCAGUAUGAACUCAUUGAUCAGUUAAGCUAAUCUUUCAAUGUCAAUAUGAACUUUUGUAUUGUUUGAAGAAAGACUGAAAAAAAAUGUGCGCCUGUCCUUUAAAUGCAUCGUAAAUGUCCAAUGCCUUUUAUUGUUUAAUUCUGAUAGGCUUUCUUAUUAUAGGUCAAGGUGCUAUGGCUGAUAGCUUUUUCCCUAUGUGUAAGUUCCAUUCAUAUUGCAAUUGGCUUGAUGUUUAUAAAUGUGUAAAUCUGGUGCGUGUAACUGCAAUAACAAGGUCAUGAUUUAAUGGACGCUGUAAAAUGGUUUAUCGCAUUCAAUUCAGGCCAUUUGUGUUCCAGAUAUGACUAUGAUUUGGUGCCUCUGCGUCAUUAACAAUAUUGUGUAUAUUUAAAUGUUAUAUUUAUGGUCGAGUGUAUUGAAAUUUGUAAAGUGCUGCAGAUAAAUGUUGCCUAGCAGUGGUCCUCAACUUGACAAACAGCAGCACAGUAUGACUCCCACAUAUCAACAAAUUACCCCUUCAGAAGGCUCGAUGUAAGGCGCUCCUAUGAAUAUGAGGGACAAUACCUCAGAGUUCCUGUGUGCAACAGAUACUGUAUGCUGAUAGAUGGUGAAUGUCAUCUUCCCCUGUCGUCAUGGAAAUUGAGUGAGCCGGUGACUCACGUAGCAACAGCGACCUUUUAGCUUGAUGUAUGCUUUAGCGUUGGUCCUGAUUGGAGUGUGCUAAUUCACAUGCAGACUGAUUACACAAGGCCUUUAAGUUCACAUAGAGACUCAUUAACAUGUGAACAGAGGCUGAAGGUAGGUGGCACAGGUCCCUGCGAAUAUGGACUACUAUAUUGGGCCAUGGGCACGGUGAGACGGAGAUAGUGAAUUUACAAUGAAAAUCAUUACUAGGCAUUGAUAUUGCUCCGAGAGUGGUAACAAAGUGCUGUUUUAUGGCCUCUGGUGUUUGUAUUAGUCUUUCGGAGACAGCAGGAAAGACAGAAUAGUGUGGUUACAGCAAAUCACAGGAAACAUCAGUCUGCUGUGUGUCUGUCACUAAAGUAUACACCACUGUUACAUAACUGGUUGUGUAUUUAAUACUUGAGUGAAUAAUAUAUUCACUUCCCCACUGUGGAUAUUGAUGCUGCAUAAGCACACACAGGAAUAUGACUUUUUAAAAUCUUACACAAGUA